GAAAAAGGAAGAGAGUACAUCUCAAUAAUCGCAGACACACAUAUCUUAUUCUCUCUCUUCAAAUUCAAUUGUCAUUUCUCUUAAGAUCGGCUCCGUCGUGGAGCUCGCCUUGAUGCCAAUCCGCCACCAUGCCAACCUCCUCCACCGCCGUUACUCACCGUCCUACGGACCUCCUCACACGCCUCUCCUCACCCGACCACAACAUCAAGCUCAAAGCUAUCCGCGAAGUUAAAAACCAUAUCAUCGGCAGUCGCACCAAAAAACUCGCCUAUCUCAAGCUAGGCGCUAUCCCCGCCGUCUCCUCCAUUCUCUCCGCCGCCGUUGCCGAGUUUUCUUCUCGAUUAUCCGACGACAACGGUGACGUCAUUAUCCUGGAGAACAAAAAUAGUAACCAUUAUAUUAACAACAUUAUUGUCCAGUCUGCGGCGACUCUCGGUAGCUUCGCUUGCGGCUUCGACGCCGGUGUGAGAGCCGUUCUUGACGCCGGCGUGCUUCCUCUCCUAAUUCGGCUUCUCUCUAUCUCCGAUGAAAAGGUGGUGGAUGCCGGUGCACGUUCACUUAGGAUGAUUUAUCAGUCGAAAGUAACUCCGAAGUACGAUUUCUUCGGCGAGAAAAAAAUUGAAUUCCUUCUUACGUUAUUGAAUAGUGAAAGUGAAAAUGUUACUGGUCUUGGAGCAAGUAUCAUUAUACAUUCCUGUGAGACAAACGCCGAACAGAAAGCAUUGCGUGAUGCUGGGGUUUUAAAGAGGCUUUUUGCCCUUCUUGGAGGCUCGUUAAAUCAGAGAGAUGGUAGCUUGGAGUCUUUAGCUGCUAUAUUGAGGAACAAUCCUGAUGUUAUAUCAAAGUUUUUGGGGCCGGAAAAUGGAAGUCCGUUGGAUUAUAUUAUUGGAUUGACCAAGGAUAGGUAUCCCCGGACUAGAUUACUUGCUUGUAUGUGCCUGAUUGUUAUAAGAAAUUCCUCUCCUUGCUAUUUACAGGAUUUUAGUAUUAAGACGAAAUUGAUACAGCUUCUACUUGAGCUUCUUAAUGAGCAUGGUCAAGUUGGAGAUGAAGCUCCCUUUGUUUUUUCUAGUUUAAUUGUGGACAAGGAGGAUUUACAACAAUUGGCUUUUGAGGCAAAUGCCCUCGAUAAGUUUUUUGACCACUUGAAAAAAAGUCAAUUACAUCCUAAACGACUCCAAGGUGUCCUGCUGGCAUUGGCUGAUCUAUGCUCAAAGCUGGAGACUUGUCGAUCUAGAUUCCUGUCAUUGAAGGUUUUGAAAUCAGUGACUGAUGCACUAAAUCAUGACAGCAUUGAUGUAAGGACUGCAGCUUGUAUUUGUAUAAGAAGUGUCACUCGGUCUAUCAAGAACUUAUGUGCAGGAAAUUUUAUGAAGGAAACGCUUGUGACUCCCUUGGUCCGGCUUCUGGAUGACCCUUCAGUGACUAUCAAGGUUGCAGCUCUGGGUGCUAUUAGCAAUAUACUAGUUGAUUUUACCACACGAAAAUCAACUUUUGUACAAUGUGGAGGUGUAAAACAGCUCAUCUAUUUAUCCAAAUCGAUGGAUUCAACUGUCAGGAUAAAUGCAUUAUGGGCCUUGAAGAACAUGGUGUUUCAGGCAGAUAAUAGAUUUAAAGAAAUGGCCUUUAUGGAGAUCACUGCUUCUUUAUUAGCAAACCUUAUAUGUGAUUAUGACCCUUGUGUUCAAGAGCAAGCUCUAGCACUUGUUCGGAAUCUUGUUGAUGGAUGUGCAAGUUGCCUUGAUUAUGUCUUUGCUGAAAAUGCUAUUGUAUUAGAUGCUGUUGGAAGGCAACUAGCCAGUGCUUCGGAGGCUGGAAUUGGCAUACAGGGAAUGUAUGUGCUUGCAAAUGUAGCCAGUGGUAAUGAAUUCCAUAAGGAAGCAGCUCUGCACAAACUCCUUCCACUAGUGGAUGAUGAAACCCAACCUUUUAUAAUCAAGUUCUUGCAGAGUAAUGACAGCCGCUUGCGUGCAGCUGCUGUCUGGGCCAUAGUAAACCUCACAUUUCCUUCAAGUCCUGGUGCAUUUAGUCGGCUUGUUAAACUUCGGAGUGCCGGAGUAGUACCACAAAUAAAGACCAUGGUCAAUGAUCCUUGCCUAGAUGUGAAGCUUCGUGUUCGAACAGUGCUCAGUCAAUCUAUGAUAUUUGGCGAUGGCCUCACUUGAACAUUUUUGAGUCAUUGAUAUGAACCUAGCACAAAUACGAGAAUAGAGUUUACUUUUUGGUCUUGACCUUUUUGCGUAAUGUGUCCAGCAUCUUUGAAGCUUGAACCUCGAUGUUUCAUCCAAGGUCCAACACAUUGCUUCCGUUUUUCAAGUUAGAGCAAUGUGUAAAUUUCUUAUUUUGUGGGCACCUCUCAUCAGGUCAUCUUUAAAAUUUCAUCGCACGAAAUAUGUACACACGUUGGUUAUUUUAAGCAGUGAUAAUUUCUGUAAUUCAUGGUAUAACUUGUAUAUUGUACAAUGCACAUAUUUCGAAAAAGCACCGUCUAUCUGAUUUUAAGAAUUGGUCGAUAAUUCAUCGCCAUUGCCAUUUAUAAAUCACAUCAUGUUGAUACUGAGGAGGGCACACCUGACAGUAAACCUGGUGCCAAACUUCACUUAUUACUGUAAAUUUUUGUUCAGGAUACUUUAUUUAUUAGUUAUUCACGGAUUAUGAAAUCUGUAAAUCAAGUGUCUUCUAUAGUUA